UAAGUAAAUCCAACAUUUGUUUUUGAGAAGUUCCAAGUUGCAGAAUUGUUUCUACUCAGACAAAAUGAAAUCUUUUGUUGUCUUUGCCCUGGUAUUCGUGUGCACCAUUCUUCUGGUGGAGGUCACGCAAGCAUUCCACGACGAUCAAGGCAAAAAAGAUCCCCAUAUCGAGGAGCUGCAGGAAAUGCUGUCGAACCGUAUGCUGCCGGAGAUGGAGGACUUCCCUCGGUUCCGUCGGUGGGCUGAAGAGGAUUCCGACAACCAGAAUGGACAGCAGGGUGGUGGCCAACAGGGAGGCGGUGGUGGUGGCGGACGUGGCCGGAAUGGACCAAAGGGUCCCGGAGGACGUGGGCCACCUGGAGAGCAGAAAAAUGAGGGACAGUAACAGUGUUGAACUAGAACAACUGAUUUUUCGAAAAAGUAGUGUAGGUGUUUGCACAUUUUGAUUCAGAGUAGAUUGGAUGAGCACUGUUAAAUUUGAACGUCUUGUUAUAAAUUUGGACUGAAAUGAACUCAUAUCACUUGCGGCAUAA